GCUCAAACCCUGUGGGGGGGUCCACAGGGUUUGAGCGGACCCCCCCCUCCCCCGGCCAAAAUCAUGCAGUUUUUGACCAUUUUGAACUAAUAUUUACUGAAAUGAGCACUCAAGUAGCGCUGAAAUCAGAAAAGAGAGCUUACCUUUCCUGGGGCAAUGUUAGUCCUACUAGAGAUAUUUUGUCAGUGGGUUGGACUCUAUCAUGGUCUGAUGGGUCUGCAAAUGUAAGGGGCAGCAUACCUUGUUUCUCAAGAUUAGUUUCUGAAAACAAAUCAAUGAUUUUCAGUUGCAACAUACUCAGAAUAGAAACCCAUUCUACAUUCUAUGUAUUGAUUUCAAUAGUAAAUUCACAUAUUUGAGACAAGACCUAUUUUAGCGAUAUUUAGAUGUCAGGGAAAUUAUCACUUCUUACAAACUCUUUUUAAUAAAUGAGUAUACUGUGUACCUUAAAGAAGUAUUUCCCCAUUCAACUGAAAUAU